UGCGCCCACCGCCCGCCUGCCGCGCCCGGGGCCGCGCUGCGCCGGGCCUUAUCCGCGCUGUGGCGGCGCCGCGCCGCCUGCACCGACCCCGUGUCGCCGGGACCACAACGCCGCCGCCGCCGGGGCUGGACGCUACCGGGCACGCUGUGGUGCGGUGCGGGGGACUCGGCGGGGAACUGGAGCGAGCUGGGGCUGUUCCGCGGCCCCGACCGGUGCUGUCGGGAGCACGACCACUGCUGGGCGCAGAUCUCAGCGCUGCAGUUCAACUACGGCAUCCGCAACUAUCGCCUGCACACCGUGUCCCACUGCGACUGCGACGCAAGGUUCCGGCGGUGCUUGCUCGCCGUCAAUGACACCGUCUCCAACAUCAUCGGCGUCACAUUCUUCAACCUGUUGGAGGUGCCGUGCUUUGUGUUGGAAGAGAGUGAAGAGUGYGUCCAGUGGCACUGGUGGGGUGGGUGUAAGCAUUAUGGUGUAGUGCCUCUGGCCAGGAUGGUGCAGCAGAGUCAGUACCACUCCAGCCUGACGGUUGAGGAGAGGGGCAACUCCACUGUGCAGUCCCCGGGCAAGGGAAGGAAUUUCUCUAGAACAGGGCGUAAGCGGCCUCGACAGGAACUGAGGGCAAAGCCUGGGCGUCGCCAGGCAUGGAGACCUAAGACACCCCAGCAGCUGCAGGGCCCAGGUACCCCUGCAUCGGCCAGGGACAAGGCUGAGCUCACAACCAGGCACGCAGCAAUGCAGUGGGGACUAGAGCCUGGCCCCCCAAAGGCAUUGACUCUGUCGGAACAGGAUCUGGUUGGAGCAGAGCAUGGGGCUGGAGGCUCAGCACGCCCGUGGUACAGCAGCAUUGGACCCAGCCCAGCCACAGCACAGUGUGGAGCCACCCCUGUACCCACUGUGAAGGGGCGCAGGCAGCAGGGCCCAGGCAGGGGGUGCAGGUGCAAGAAACACCUGAGUAAGUGUGAGCACCAGAUUGCACCCCAUGAGAUGAGGUACCAGCUGCAUAACGUGGACAGCCGGACACUCCUCCACUGCAACUGCACGCGCAGGCUGGCACGGUGUCUGCACAGGGUGAGGAACUGCAGUGACAUGGAUGUGGCUGUCCUGGCUGAUCGCAUUGCCAUGGAUUGCUUUGUUCUGGAAGUGCCUGCUGCUUGCAGCCCAAGCAGGCAGUCACAGCACAGCUGUACCACGAUGACUAGGGCUGUGCUUGUACCUGCAUGGCGGCAGCUCAGAAAGACUACGAGACGCUGGGCCCCUCUGCGUGUGAGCUCCAAGGCCAGGCAUCCACACUGGAAGACACAGGCCAAGGGAGGCACUCUCUGUGAGCAGUGCCAGCAACUGGUCAUAGAACAGGCACCAGGUGCUUGGCCCCACACAGUGCCUCGAUGA